ACAUGUUCAUGACAUUGUUAGUUUGAUCACAUAUGUCAAACUCCUCUUCAGUGAUAACAUAAUUCUAACGGUUUAUCUCAUAACAAAAUAGUCAAUAAUGCCUAUUGGUGAAACUUUGGUAAAGAGCUUGGAAGUAAAAGAAGUCCAGGCAGGAUCCACAGCUGUUUUGAAUUGUAAUAGCAAUGAUUAUAACCACAAUUUUAUGUUUUGGCUUUUGAAUCAAACCAAAGUGAUUGGCCCUGGUAAUAACUAUGAUGAAAAAAAGUACAAAUAUGAGGUUUUAUCAGGAAAACUAUUCAUUAAUAAUGUUUCUCCUUCAGAGUCGGGUUUUUACUCCUGUGUAUCAAAAAGCAUAAGUGACUCUGGCAUUAAUAUUGGCAAUGUAGAAAUGAUUGUAAAAGGGGCAUUUUCAGCAAUAGAAGCAGUAAAAUUAGUGGCUAUUGUGGUGUCCAUUAUUGUACUUAUAACUUGUGCAGUAAUUUACUUCAGAAUAAGAAAAGAAUGGAAUAAAUAUGAUGGAAGAGCUGUUGUACCAGUGGAUGAUGUUGAAGAGGAUGAUGCUGAUGAAGUUUAUAACCCUACUACUACAGUUAACCAGGCAGUACCAGGUCCUAGCCGAAAUCAAUCCUCAGACCAGCUCCUUUAUGGAAUAGAUAAUCAAGGAUUGGACACUGAUUUUAAUUCAGUGUUUGAAAAUAUCCAAAUAAAAUAUCCACCACAAAGAAGUCUCAUUUAGAGUUUAGGUUAUAAAACAAUAUUUAUAUUAUUAUAUGAUUUUAUUAAAAUCAAAGUUUAGUAUUAGAAACAUCAUGUUUAGAAAUGUCAAAUGUAAGUUCUAUAUUGUAGUACUGUACAUAAGUAAACAAAUUUUGUAACAGG